GGCGCCACAGCGGCGCUUCGAUCGCAGCCCCAGCUUGGCGCUUGUAAGCGGCAUCUGUCAAAAGUAAAAGCGAAGCGUUGUGUCUCUGUCCUUGUACAGCCCUCAGCAGCAAAGCUGAAAAUAAUUGUUUCAGCACCAUGUCGGCGGCCGAAGUCGAACAGACCAACGGAAACUUCAUCGAUGACCACAUUCGCACACUCAAGUUGCAGAGCCAUGUCGGAUUUGACAGCCUCCCUGAACAGCUGGUUAGCAAAUCCGUGCAGCAGGGCUUCCACUUCAAUAUUCUUUGCAUAGGUGAAACUGGUAUAGGGAAGUCAACCUUGAUGGAGUCGCUGUUCAAUCGUUCAUUUGAAACAACUCAAAGCCCCCACAACUUAUCCAAUGUGGUGCUGAAGCCAAAGACUUUUGAAUUACAAGAAAGCAACGUCAGGCUCAAGCUGACAAUUGUGGACACUGUUGGCUAUGGGGAUCAAAUCAACAAGGAAGACAGUUUCAAGGCCAUUGUGGACUACAUCAAUGCCCAAUUUGAAAACUACCUUCAGGAAGAGCUUAAGAUCAAGCGUUGCCUGUCACUGUACCACGAUACUCGUGUCCAUGCUUGCCUCUACUUCAUUUGCCCAACAGGACAUGGGCUCAAGUCCAUUGACCUGGUAUGCAUGAAGAAACUGGACAGCAAGGUGAACAUCAUCCCCAUAAUUGCCAAGGCUGACACCAUUUCCAAGACAGAGCUGCAAAGGUUCAAGAUUAAGAUAAUGAGUGAGCUCGUCAGCAAUGGAGUUCAGAUUUACCAGUUCCCAACAGACGAUGAAUCAUCGGCCGAACUAAAUCAGAGCAUGAAUGCCCACGUUCCACUGGCUGUCGUAGGGAGCACAGAUUUUGUCCGAGUUGGAAACAAGAUGGUCCGAGCACGCCAGUAUCCUUGGGGAACUGUUCAAGUGGAGAAUGAGAACCACUGCGACUUUGUGAAGCUUCGUGAGAUGCUUCUGCGGACAAACAUGGAAGACCUGAGGGAGCAGACGCACACGCGCCACUAUGAACUGUAUCGGCGCAUGCGAUUGGAGCAGAUGGGCUUCACAGACAUCGGCACCGACAACAAGCCGAUCAGCUUUCAAGAAACCUACGAACAGAAGCGGCAGGAGCACCUCACUGAACUGCAGCGAAAAGAGGAUGAAAUGCGCCAGAUGUUCGUGGUUCGGGUCAAGGACAAGGAAGCCGAGCUCAAGGAAGCUGAAAAGGAGCUGCAUGCCAAGUUUGACGCAUUGAAGAAACAGCACGCCGAGGAGAAACGGAAGCUAGAAGAAGAGCGCAAACGGCUCGAGGACGAAAUUCGUCAGCUCAAUGACAAGAAAGCCCUGGUGCAGCAGGUGCAGAGCCACUCCUCUCACACGCUCACCCUGGGCAAAAGCAAGAAGAAGUGAUGUCUGCUCCCACCAGGCUGGCACAUCACACCACUCUGCUUGUCACCAAGGGAACCAAGGGUGCUUGACGAAACUCUGGGGUGUGCUCUUUGUUCUGCUCACCAUCGUGUCAAGCAGAGGGUAAGUUAUGGCUGCGGCUGUUGGCAGGUCCUGGUAAUGUUGCCAAAUGUCCUCGCGUGCUGUCUUUCUAGAGUGCGAAGUAACAACGCGGUUGGUGUGGCUCUUUUGUAAGUGCUGCUUCUUUGAAGUGAACCUCGGCACGUCCGUCUCAUCCCGCAUGUCGCAUCAAAGAGAGGAGGAGGCAUAGCUAUGGCUCAUGGCCGACUAAUAGUCUUGUCAAAGUGUCCUCGCGUGCCGUCCUCUCUCUGGUGCAAUGUUGUCAGUGCCCUGUCUUGUGAAAGCAACUUCUUUGAUGAAAUGGCAUGUCUGUUCUUAGACAACAUUAACAGGUUGAAAGGUCAGUGACGAUGCAGUUUUUUCUAACUUACAAUGGUGGAGAGUGAAUGGUUUGGAAAGGUUCACAUUGAUAGUGAUAUUAGCUUACUGGUGCAGUGUAAGUGGUUCGCAUUGGAAACAAGCAGCUUACAGUAAAGGCUGAACGAACCCAAAUAAUUUGUGUUCUUUUCUUUCUUGAAAUGAGGGUAAGACCAUACUUGUGAGCACCUUUUUUGUAAAUGCGUAAACUGCUAGAGUUUUAUUUAACUGGAACUGAGUAAAUUCAUGUUUUUCUAUACAUCAUCACACAGAUCCAUGAGAGAGAGAAUUCUUUUUAAUUUUUUUCCUUUUGCAGAAUGUACAUAUGUGCUCUUUCCUUUGUCAUCUUAUAGUGUAUCAACACAUGAAAUGUGAAUGCUGUGGCAUCCAUUGUUGGCCAAAGUUACAACUACGGCAUGUGAACCUGUGGCCAUAUUCUUGAUUGGUAGCUUCUGGGAACUACAACUUUCAGUGUGGUUUAGUUGGCUGUGCCAGCAGAAGUAGACCUUUAGAAAAGAAUGGCGUAUUUCUCCAUCAGUUAUUUUCAUGUGGCGUAGUUGACAUUGCGUCGCACAAAAGUGAAAUUAUCCCCGGAAGUGACCAAAUGAGAGUAUGAUCCUUUCUGUGAAACAUCACCACUUUAGAGCAGCUGAACCAGAUUGGCACUAGUGCUGCUUUUCAGCUGGUCUAAGACAAUGCAGGUUAUGUGGCAGGCUGGAUGUACUUUGUUUCAAAUUUUCCUUUCUUUUUAGUCCAGUUGGAAUGUGUCAACUUAAGCUUGGCGGGACGCACAAAAUUGUAGGAACUUCAAAAGGCAUGGUAAAAUCUGAAGUGAUGGUGAAAAUAACCAGUGCCACAUCAACAGAAGCUACUGUAUGCUUCCUACGUACCUUUCAUUGCUUUUUUUUUUUCUUUAAAUAGUUUUUGUUGCUUGCACCUUGUCAAUCGUGAGGUUGUCUCAGAAGGCGAGAACUUCCUCAGCACUAGCAGAUGUAGCGAGGUGUUGCCUAAAUGGCAUAUCUUGCACCUCUGCAGGUUGAACCUGCUAGUUAUUCUUCUCAGAAUAUCUGAACUCAUGUGGUUUGAUAAGAGCUUAACCCAUUCUCUUGUUUUAGCAUUGAGAGUUCUUUAUUCCAUGUUCUCAAAGCUGUUUACUUGUGCUGAUAAGCCCUCAGGUAUGAGUGUACCGUGCUCUAGGCAAAUGCAGCGUGCAUCCAAGGGCUAACAUACGCUGUAGCUUGCAGAAAAACCGAUGCAAACAUGGAGUGUUUUCAGAUCAAAUUGAAUUUUAUUUACAACUGCCAUUUUUUUAUUGUUAACUUGUAUUGUUUCAUGUUCUACUGUGUUGAUCCCUAACAUUGAAGCGAGUUUAGUAGUAGUGAAGUCGGGUAUCGAAUCUUUUACAGCACACUGUUCCACUUUGUAAUGCCAGUGCUAGAUGUGCACUAUACUGGCUGCCUUGUACUUGCUGCUGUGGUAGGUGACACUCUACUUUUUAGCUGCUUAAGUUCCUCAUCAGGUGGGGAGGUCUCUAUGUUCUAGUAAAUUAUUAUGGCUGUGUAGACUGCCUACUUAUGAGUGGGCGGGGUGGCAACUGCUGCGGGAAUUUAAUGUAGCAGAAAUUUGCCAUUUUAGGUCCAAAGACUUGUUGCUUCAUUUGUUGUAUUGUUCUGCCGCAGGAGUUUUUCUUGUAGGUUUUACGUUAGGAUAGUUUCCAGUAACAAUUUUCUUUUAUGCGGACAAGAGACGCACAGUGACUUACUUAUGUUUAUACUAUUUAUGUGGGUCCUUCACAAGGAGUAUAUCCAGGGGACUAAUCAAUCGUGUCCUUCGUGCACUUGGCCAGGGACAGUGGCAUUCUGCUGCCAAACUGGCAGUCGCGGGUUCGCAUUGUGGCUGAAGCAGCCACACUUCAGCGAGACAGAAUACAGAGAUAUCGGCACACAUUAAAGAGCCAGGUGGUUGAAAUAAGAGAGUGAGUGCUCUUGACUUGAAAACGGAAAGGUUUGCUGGCAAAGGAGUACUCACCUACAUGCUACUUUGCUAGGGAGGGGAAAAAUGUAGAUGGGAGGAAUUAAAAGAAUUGUGUGCCUAGUGACCUUCACUUGAGCCCUUCCCUCAAUCAUUAGAACUAAGAUAUCUUGAAAGGAAUCUGCUGCCCCCUUUAUGUGAAGAUGUAGUAAGUGUUCCUUUGUGAGGAUUGAUUGAUUGAUUUUAUUUUGCAGUACCCUCAGGGUAUAAAUACAUUACAUGAGGUAGGGGGCAUACAUAGAAGAAAUAACAAAAAAAAGGAAAUAACCACAGAGAGCAGGUUACACAUUUAAAGUUAAAAGAAAGCAGGAAAAAUAACCAAUCAUACAGUAGUUUUGCAGCAGGCUUGAUAGCUAAUUUUUAAAAGCACUAGGAUCAUUUAUGUUCAUUAUGGAAACAUUGUAUUUCACCGUGCGAGUUUUAGACUUUGGCCAUUUUGGCAUAUGAUUUUAGUGUCUGACAUGUUAGGUCUGUCUAUGAAAUUGGUGUUCUGGUAUAGAACUGAUUCUUGGCUUUGGAUAACAUAACGAUUGCACUCAAUCCAUUUUGCGCUUUGUCCAUGGUCCGAACGAUGCUCUGCCUAUGUUAUCAGGAUUGGCCAAUCAUGAACAGUGAAUGAUAAGAAAAGAAUAGAAUCAAGCAAAAGGAAUUGCUAGAUCAUGCCCACCUUAACUCUCUCUUUACUUAAAAGAAAUUCAGAUUUUCACUGGUUUUGUGUUUUAUUUUUAUGUGAACUAGUAGUUGUUGCAACAUAUACUGUCAUAUAUCAAGUCAUAGCUUAAUUGUUGUCACGCUGAAUUAAGACAAAGCAGAAGUAAUCAGUCAGUGUUUCGAAACAUGUUUCGUAAAGCUUCAGAAGAGCACCGACAAAACCACUGACUUUUGAUUUUUACUCACAAGCGUGGCGAACACAAAGUGUAGUCUUCAAGCUAUACAGGGAAUAGUGUGCCUUGUAGAUACAUUUUUAUGUGAAUGAAUGGUUGGCAGCGUGUUGAAAACCCACAGUGAAAUUGAUCAACUUCCUAUACCACAGUUCAGAAAGAGAAAGUCAAGGUGUUACACUUACUCUCUAAGUAUCAGCGUGGUUGUUGUUACAUAAUGUUGGUUGCCUCUUUGUCUUGACGCAACAGCAGGGGUUCACAUGUGGAAAAAGUGCUGGCAGCAAAAUUACUGGGCCGAUUGCGAUGCGAGAAAUAGGCAUAGUUUGCUUCACCCUUGUGGUGCAGGGCAUGUGGUGUGAGGUCAGUUGUGAAAAUUCAACUGCAUGGUUACGACAGUGAGCUCAGCAUGGCUACAACCAAAACAGUGUUGGUUUGGUGUUCAUACAUUGAAGUUCUCAGCUGUACCCCUUCACUUUGACAGGUAUGAUUUGUAUUGUGUGAAGCAUUGGUAUUGAUGCGAGCUGAAAAUGAAUGACAAACUUUGCCUGUAUUGUGUAUGCUUAAGGUUGGCAUAGAGGAAGAAAGAGCAUUGUUCUAUAGACUUUCCUGCAAGGCCAAUUAUCUGAAAUGGCCAAUUAUCAAAUAUUUUCUACUUAACUGUUAUACAACUGGCAAUUACAAAUGUUUCAUGUUGCGCAGUUCAAAGUAAGCAGCAUCCUUCUUUCGCUAUGCACUUCUAUUGUUGCCUGUGCUUCUUGCUACAUUUAACUUAGUUCAGGGCAUUUAGAAUGGUAUGUUUGCUACCAAUCAUGUGUGGCAAUCCAAGAGCUCCACAAGCACACUGUGGGAAACAUGUAAGCACAAAGGACAAAGUAUGUCUGCUGCUUGCAGCAGCAGUGUGCUGUAAAAAUGCACUUGCAGUGGGAAACUGCUGUAACAAACAGCUAUGUGCUCAUUGGUGAAUACCUUUCAUCAAUUCUGGCUAUCAUUGUCAUUGGCUGAGAUGCCACGUCACAAUGCCAUCUUGAUGGAGCAGAGCGGGCGAAUCGGAACACCUGCUGCGGUAUCGCACAGGGUGUUUCAUGAGGGUAGAGGACGUUGCCGUGACACCACGUCGCCAUUGCACUUCGACGGAGCAGAUACAGCGACGCGGCACCGCGGGGCAAGACGACCUGUCGUCGGUGAGGCUUCUCGAGUGACAUAUGCAUGAGAGUGCCGCCGUCUCGGUCUCAGAAGCUGGCGCCUGGUUUCUAUCUUUCUCGCCCAUACUGGGCUUAGCAGCCGUGUGGGCCUGCCGGCCUUGGUGGCAGUUGCCGCUUCCUCGGUUUCGUCACGCAGGACUUCAGUGGCAUGCAGCGUCCUUGAUUUCUCAGCAAUAUUGUCCAAGCGACUGCGGCUUACAGCCAACAUGCUAAUGUAGAAACUGUACAAAACAAAAAAAAGAAAUAACCCACACCAUUUAAUCGCAAAACUCUAUAACAUACCUUGCAGCAAAACUCAAACUUUACUCACAGUGCAAAACUAGAAGGACCACUCAGUGGCGUUCAAUAGGACAUUAAUGCUUUUGCAUUCACAGCUCAUAAGAAGGGCUUAGGCGUCCUCAGAUUUUUUAUUUCAGUGUUCGUUAAUUGGCUAGUCUUGCCAAACAGGAUCGCCUAAAAGGAAUCGUGCACCUCUGCUCAGCAUCAUUUUUACAUUGUGUAGUUGAGUGCAUUGACAGAAUAGUACAUACUAUCACUUGGGUAUCAUGCAGGAUAUUAUGCCACACAAGGGUGAAAAUAUCCCAGAAAAUGAUUGAUUGACCACCCGCUUUUCGUUGUGAUCUGUGCUGAGUGGAUUAAGGUACCUUGAAUUGUAGUGAAGAUGGGACGUGCACUUGCGUUGUCUUGUAUUUCGCGUGUGGCCAUACCAGUUAAUCUAGGUAGUCCACUUAGUGCAGAUUGCACUUAUAAGCCUCGGGUAGACAGUUAGCUGAUUGCACAUGAAAUGUGUAUGUUUAGUGACUGUUGACCUUGCAUACAUUGUUGGUGGUUUUCACAGCUGCUUUGUUUGUGUGAAGCGGUAUGAAGGCAGACAAGUUUACAGCUUGAAUUGAAGCACACCUGUGUUUUCAGCAUUGCAUGCGAAAAAUGAUGUAUGCUUUAAAGGAAUCAUGAUUCAGGGGUCCUUUCUGCAGUUUCCGACAUUUUCUUUCUGUGGUCGCUUAAUCAAUGCCUAUAUCACUCCUGGAUAUUGUCCAAUUUGUUUUGUAUUGUAUUGCAAGUGAUCGAAGUUUGCCCUUUGUAACAUUAACAGGUGGUUCUAACAAAUGGUAGUUGCUGAAUAUGUCAUUGGUUCACAGUUUACAGUGACCUGAUAGUUUUUCAGUGUUUUGCCAAGCUUGGGGCAAGGACGAUGUACUGUUUAACAUAGGUAUUCCAGAAAUGUGAUGUAACAGAGGUAGAAUUUUUUUCAUGUCUCCUUUAUAAUACACUAAACUGCAUGCUUGUAUAAACUUUAUCUGGAGAUUGCUCACAAAUUGUUUUCAUCUCCCUUGACAUUCCCUUACGGUGGUGUGUUGCUACCAUGAGUGUGAGUGGUACUGAUACGUAUACUUUUGUACAAAACAAAAGGAAAACCUCCAGCUAUAUAACUUGAGAUUUAAAAGCCUAAAAUUCUGCUUGCAUUUAUCUUGCAGAUCUUAAGUGUCCUUGGUCCUUGUGCUCUGUGUCAUCCUGUGUGCUUCAUACCUAGUCACUGUAUAAACUGUGCUAUUAAAGGAACUCUCAGAACAUGGCUUUCUAUCUGUUCAAGGCACUACUGUGCUAAAUAUUAGUGCAUAUCAAUCAACUUGGGGCUAUUGGCGGCGAGGAGUUACGGAGUCGCCAUCUAUCGGAAGCGCCUCGCUGGCGUAGUAUGAGGGAUCACGCGGCGCGCUCCUCAUAGGUUUUGUUGUCAGCGCUCACUGAAAACACCACGCGCAAGCUCUCCCGGACAUUUCUGUUAGUACUUUCGAAACGAGAGAAGUUUUUGCUGCCUAAAUAAUAAUCUUGAGCAAACUGAAAGCACAGAACCGUUUAGACGCUAUCUCUUUGCCGAAUACGUACAGUGAAUGCCACUGCGCGCGGUCGCCGCGAUGGAGUUACCCGAACCGGCUUCUUGCGUGAAAGGUAGGUAAACACUGAGAGCGAACUAUGUGAAAUAUGUUCUUAUAGUGUUUGUAUAACUAAAUGGAGCGCAAUAGAAUGAAGCCUCAAUGCAGCGAUCGCACAGAUUCGCAGCGACAGACUGCACGUCUGCAUGCUUGUCCGUGCACUGUAUCGCUUUCGCCGUGUGCGCGCUUUCGCACCGUGCCAUGAGCUUUAGGCCGCAGAACAUGAGCAUUUGACAGUAUACAAGCAACCAUUGUUGCGUGGGCGCUAUCAGAGCUGUUCAAAAAUAAUUUCAUUGUAGAGAUUUCGACGCCUACGGAGACUGUGAUGUGCCGUCGCGACAAUUCAAUCUUUUUUUUUUUCUUCUAAUUUUUUGGACGUUUCAAUAUAUUUCUCGAGUUGCGUUGCACUGUAUGUUUAUCAGUGUUCUCAGCGUGUGAUUUCCCACUGCCUCCUUUUUUAUUUUUUGUAAUCCAGUGCAUUAAUUAAUAAAUCAAGCAUGACCAUAUGCCAUGCUUUCUUUCUUUUA